GAUAGACAUUGUAUAAUUUCAUUUGUUGUGCUGAAAAUCAGCAACGGGCAAGUUAAAAACUUUUGGAGCAAAUGGCCCAAAUUCUUCUGAGGAACUUCGCACGAGCCGGCAAUGCGGCGCUGUUAACAAAAAGCAGCAACAGCAGCUCCAUCCUAGCCACAAGUGCCGAGCCCGGCAAUUGUCAGCUGCACACAACGCCGGCAUGCUGCGAGAUUAGGAAACUCGCUCGACUGCGCGUGGUGGAUAACAGCGACCUGGGCAAGCGUGCCAUGGCCGAGGGCCGGCCGCCCAGAUGCAUUCAUGUGUACAACAAGCGGGGCAUUGGCCUAAUCGGCGACAAGGUGCUGGUGGCCAUCAAAGGACAGAUGAAGAAGGGCAUCCUCGUCGGUCUCAAGCAGAAGCAGCGCAUGAAGCAGCCCCAAUUCGACAGCAACAACUUGGUGCUCAUCGAUGACAACGGCUCGCCGCUGGGCACACGCAUCCACGUGCCAAUUCCCACGGUCCUGCGGACCAUACUCAAGGAGAAGACGCUAGCCAAAGGUGCGGACUAUACGAAAGUCCUGGCCAUAGCCAGUCGUUACGUUUAGCUGACCAAUUCAUGCGGUUUUUCAUGUGUGUGUACA